UUUAUACCUACAAUAAGUACUUAUUGAGUAUGAUAAGGAUAAGAAUAGAAUAGGUACCUAUAGUUAUUGCAAGAAGAAAACAUCAAUUCUUUUUAAAAAUAUGUCGUCGGAAAGUGAUCCAGAAAUCGACAUUAUGUUUGGUUUAAAAAAUGUCUUGACAAAAAUUGAAGCAGCUGUUGGGAGAAGAAAUAAAGAUCUUCCUCAAGUCAUACCACGGCUAGUUGCUGUAUCAAAAAUAAAACCUGCGUCAUUAAUAAUACAAGCUUAUGAGGCUGGACAGAGAGAUUUCGGUGAAAACUAUGUAAAUGAACUUGCAGAAAAAGCCAGCGAUCCAAGUAUAUUAGAUAAAUGCAAGGACAUCAAAUGGCACUUCAUUGGACAUUUGCAGACAAAUAAAAUUAAUAAAUUGUUGGGAUCACCUGGUCUUUUUAUGGUGCAAACUGUUGAUUCUGAGAAACUGGCAGAGAAUUUAAACAAACAGUGGUUGAAAUAUAGAAAAGAGGAAGAGAAGUUGAAAGUUAUGAUCCAGAUAAAUACAAGCAAUGAAGAAGCAAAAAAUGGAAUCCAUCCAUCGGAGACAACCAAAUUAGUAGAAUAUGUACUAAAAAAUUGUCCAAAUUUGGAUUUCCAAGGUCUUAUGACAAUUGGUCAAUAUGAUUAUGAUGUUUCAAAAGGGCCUAAUCCCGAUUUCUUAACCCUCUCCAAAUGUAGACAGGAGUUAUGUGAAAAUCUUAAUUUGGAUAUAAAUAAAGUGGAAUUGUCUAUGGGCAUGUCAUCAGAUUUUGAACACGCUAUUGAAUUAGGCGCAACUACAGUUCGUGUUGGAUCAGUUAUUUUUGGUGCCAGACCACCAAAGAAUAAAUAAAUAUUUUAUUACAUCUGUUAGUUACCUAAUAAAAAUCUCAGUACAUAUGUAUUGUGUACAGAAUAUAAGUCAUUGUCCACUACCUUUUGGUGAGACCACAGAGACAAUAAUAAUAAUAUAUAAUUAAUUAUUAAAUGAAAUGAAAUUAUUCACUAAAAACAUUGUUGUCGUUGCAUUUGUCAAGUUUACAAGAUGUCCAUUAUGAUUUGCCACAUGAAAUAGCAUGUAAAUAUCAAGCAUAGAAUUUACAUAUGCUUAUUUAAUAUUAGUAAUAAAUAAUAUCAAAAGUACUAUUUGUACUUAGUAACAGAGUACCUACUAUUAUUAUUAUAUCUAUUUUUUUAAAUACAGAGUACCUACUAAUUUUUUACAAAGAUAAUGGUUUUAAUUAUGGAAUGCUAUUUUUUUAAAUCUACUUAUUUCAAUGUUAUAGAUAAAUCUGUUUCGAGAACCAGUAUGAACUAAAUUUAUUUUGAAUCAAAAUUAGGUAGAUAGAUAUAGUCUACGUUAACAUGGCACGCCCCUCCAAUUUUUUUGCUUUAACUUGUGUGACCAUAUAUAGACGUGUUCUAUUUGUUUGUGAGGAACCAUCUUCAGUGGCUAUCUUUUUUUUUAAUAAAUGAUAGUGGGUUACGAUUAACCCCGCCUGCGCUAACGGUAUACGCUGGCAGGGUACCAGUGAGGGAUGAAUAGUGAGAAUCAGCGGCGGCUUUAAGGGGUGGCGAACAGGGCAAUCGCCUGGGGCCUCGCUCUUGCAAGGGUCUCGCGUAACAACCCAAGCAAAUUUUAAACAACCAGUGAGUAACAUUUUGUCUAGUGGCAAGUUGCAAAAACUUCCCGAUUUAGGCAUUUUAAUCGCAAAUGAAUAACAUUAACAACACUAAAAUAUACAAAUAAAAAAAAAUCUAUUGUAAAAAAUAUGUAAAAUAAGACAUAGUUUUCUUGACUCAGCGAAAAAUUUCCAAUAAUUUUAAACUCAAAUUUUAUUUAUUUGUAUAACUUUAACAUUUCUCAUCAAACAUACCAAAUACCUAAAUCAAACAACCAGACCUAGUUUCGUAUCACAUAUUUUUCACGAAGGACAAAGGGGCUCGCAUAGACCUACCGUAGCCACGCAAUGAGUAAGGCCGCCGCUAGUGAGAAUGAAAAAGCAGGUCACUUAGCCCAUCCUGCUGAAUGCAUCUGGAAUUCAACACGAUGGUUUCCAGGGGGGACCACGUGGAGGUCAUAUUGCUAGUAAUGUGACUAGUAGUCUACCUUCUCUCCCUCAGUAGCUAUCCGGCUAGACAAGUGUUAUAUUACUUUGUUGAAACCUUGUUUACUUUUACUCGUGUACAAUUGUAUUUUAAUUCUUUGGAUUUUGGAAGGGCGCACCAUGUUAUCAUAGACAAUCUAUACUUACUUAGUUUAUGCACGCUGAUACUAUUCUAUCCCCAAAACUAUGCAAAUAUUUUUUUUAAUUGUAAAAAUAGGUUUAUAGAAUGGCGCUUCAAAAUUGACUCCAAUAUAUUUAUAAAUAGGCAUUAGUUAUUAGUAUUUAGGUGAGGGACAAUAAAGUUGUUACUUCUAUAAUAA